GAGAAUGGCCAAGAUCUCCUCAGGAUGUCUUCCAAGGUCUCCCCUGCUCCCCUCCUCUCCAAACCCCCCCUGCGGGUGAAAGAAGGCUCCCUGGUAGUCAGAUGGCUGAGAUUAGUGUCCUGCUUCCAAUUGUGUGCAUUCCUGAUGGAUAUUAUGGCCUGGAUGAUGUGCAUUGCCUCAAUAGCCAUUGUCAAAUGGCGAGUGUGGCGUGUAGAAAACAUAAAGGGAAUUGGCUCUGGAAACAUCUGGAUCGGAAUCUGGCAGGUCUGUUUUUUGAAAGACCCUUCAAACGACGGAAACUAUUAUUACCAUUGUGAAGAGCUCCAUGAACAACAUCCAAACCUCCCGAGGGAAAUUUUUAUUGCUCAGGACCUAAUGGCCUUAGCUGCCAUUAUGAAUUCAGCGGCCCUUGGAAUACAGUCAUUUGCCCUCUGCAAUGUGUUCGAGCCCAGAAAACAUAAGGAUUUUCUCUCAACCUUUUUUGGGCUUGGAGCUCUGCUGAACUUACCAGCAGGGAUACUCAUCCUGAUUUCCGUGAUAUGGAACAUGUCUGCUGUCUUACAAAAUGGGGGAAUUGACUUCCCUGAAACUUUUGAAUUGCCUCAAAUUCCCAGCGAGCAGCAUAUUGGACCUUCUAUUUAUCUAGGCUAUAUCGCUGCAGGUUUCCAGCUGCUGAGUGCAGCAUUUGUUGGGAUGGAGAGAUGUUGCAUCAGGACCACCGCAACAGAUACAUCUCAAAUAGAAACUGUAGUGGUGAUUACCCCAGGAAGUGCGGUGAAAAGCGAGAGUCUUACUACUUGUUCAAAGUGUGGUUCUCUGCUGGACCUGGUAAUUCAAGAGAAAUCCUCCGCAGUGGAGAUGGAGGAAACCCAUGCGGAAGAUCUUGUCAAAUCCUGCGCAGUUGAGAUGGAGGAAGGCUGUGCAAGUGAUCUUGUCAUUCCAGAGGAAUCCUGCACAGUUGAGAUGGAGGAAAGCUGUGCAAGUGAUCUUGUCAUUCCAGAGGAAUCCUGCAGCAGCCUUGAGAAAGGAGCAGUGCCGCCCGUCACACUCGCAGGCACGGUCGCCUCUCCAAUUGCUGGAGCUUUGAUUGACUUCAAGAGAGGUAAUGAAUGCAAGGACAAGGGAGUUGCCAGAGAGGUGCAGACAAUUCCACAACUGACAGGCAAUUUACACAACGAGGCAUAUCCAGAAAGCAAGGCACGAACUGAGAUGAACUACUAA